UAUCUAGUAUCAAUAUUAUCUGAUAACAUUGUACUGAGUUCAAAUAAGGCAGAGCUGCUGCCCCACAUCUCCAGGGACCCUGGUUUGAGCCUGAUCUCAGGUUCCUCUCUCUGCACAGUCUGUGUAUGUUCUUCCUGUGUCCGUGUGGAUUCCUUUUGGAUUCUCUGGUUUUCCUCCCACCUACAAAAAAUGUUAGAAUGAAUGUUAGAAUGAAUGUAUGUGCAAAACAAUAAAAACCCUCACAAAACUUGCAAUAGUUUUAAUGGUUAGUUGAUGGGGCUUAGUGGUUAGAACGUUUGCCUCGCACCUCCAGGGUUGGGUGUUUGAUUCUCUCCUCCUCCCUGUGUGCGCAGAGUAUACAUGUUCUCCCCGUACUCCGGUUUCUUCCCCCAGUGCAAAGACAUGCGCUGUAGGCUGAUUGGCAUCGUGUGAAUGGAUGUGUGCGUGGGUGUGCGAUUGUGCCCUGUUAUGGGUUAGCACCCCAUCCAGAGUGUCCCUCGUCAUGUGCCCCGAGUUCCCUGGGAUAGGCUCCAGGUUCCCCACGACCCUGUGUAGGACAUCCAUAGAACUGGAUGGAUGGUUUGUAAUAGUAUUAGUAGUGGAAACCCUGAGAAUUUCUGUGAUGGUUUCUUUUCUUUUCAGCAGGGAUGGUCAGACUAGACAAAUAGUUUCUUUAGGGUGUGUCGUCAUGCAGCGAUGCUGCUUAUAAGUAGUAGGCUAAUGCUAGUUGGAGAAAUGUAGGAUGUGACACAGCAGAAUUCAAAGAAAUGCAGAAGUGGUUUCUUUUCUUUAUUCGCGCGGGCGUCUGUAGAUUUUUUCCACACACACGCUACAAACCUCACGCGUGUCUCUAAGAUCAAGCCAAGUCAGAAAGAUGCGUGAAUUUCCUCAAGUCGGUCAAUCCACUGUGGAAAAAGCAAAGGGAAGCCCACCGCAGGUCCUGCCCUGCCUACGUCACUGAGGAAACUGGGAAGCCGGGACUGAAGACGCGAUGGACAAGUUGAACAAACUGCAAAAAAGUGAGCGAGAAGCAGCGCCGGAAAUGAGGUGCAGCAUUGGCUUCGUCUAUCUGUUCUCCUACUAUUUACUCCAGUUCUGUGGACACACGUGGAUCUUUUCCAACAUGACAGCCAGAUUUCUUUCUUUUGGAUUGGAUGCUUUAGCUGGCACAUUUUAUUUUGUGGGAGUGAUGAUGAGCCUGUGCCUGCUCUUGUCAGUGCUGGAGCUUUUCCACAUUGCAGAUGGAAUAGAAGAGAGUCAACUCCUUCCUCGGCUUGUCCAGGUGAUUGAGAGAAAUUUCCUUUUAUUACUAAUCAUCAGUCAAGAGGAGUUUCAGAGUAAAACGGUAGUGUGUGUGCUGUUUUAUCUGUGGAACACUUUACACCUGAUAAGGUACCCAUAUCAACUGAUGUGUCUCAUUAGCACACCAUCAUUCAAUAUGCUGUGGGUGCGCUACACCAUCGCCAUCCCUGUCUACAUAUUGUCUGUGAUCACAGAAGGUCCCAGAGUCUGGAGGAAGAGUGGAGAGACACAGAAUCCAAGCUGCUUGAAGUCCAGUGUAAAGUUUCCACAGUCAGUGAUGAUUUGGGGUGUCAUGUCAUCUGCUGGUGUUGGUCCACUGUGUUUUCUCAAGUUGAGAGUCAAUGCAGCGUCUACCAGGAGAUUUUUAGAGCACUUCAUGCUUCCAUCUGCUGACGAGCUUUAUGGAGAUGGUGAUUUCCUUUCCUAGCAGGACUCUGCACCUGCCCACAGUGCCAAAACUACUAGUAACUGGUUUGCUGAUCAUGGCAUUACUGUACUUGAUUGGCCAGCCAACUCGCCUGACCUGAACCCCACAGAGAAUCUGAGAGACAUCAGACCCAACAAUACAGACAAGCUGAAGGCCGCCACCAAAGCAACCUGGGCUUCCAGAACACCUCAGCAGUGCCACAGGCUGAUUGCCUCCAUGCCACGCUGCAUUGAUGCAGUAAUACGUGCAAAAGGAGCUCUGACCAAGUAUUGAGUGCAUAAAUUAACAUACUUUUCAGAAGGUCGACAUUUCUCUAUUAUUAGUUCUUUAUUCUAAUAUUUUGAGAUUUUUAAUU